UAUACCAAAUGCUGAUGAAAUGUAUAGGUUUUCAUUGUAAGCUAGGCCGACCCCGUCAUCAUUCAACAACGGAUUACGUAGUCAGUGGUGUGCAUAAGGGUUUUUCUGGCCUAAUGAACCUUGUAGCCAAUUCUGGUGAACAGCAGUCAAAUCUGUUGUUUGUCAAUUUUAAUCAAGAUUGUACAUCUCUUGCCGUUGGAAGCAGGUCAGGAUACAGAUUGUUUUCCCUUGGAUCGGUCGAAAAGCUCGACCACGUCUUCGAAAUCGGUCAGAAUGAAAACUUUCUGCUACUCUUUGCUGUAUUUCUUCUAAUGAUAAUACGAAGGGGAAGAUGUCUGCAUUGUGGAACGCCUUUACUCCAGCAGCCUGGUGGCUAUUGUCAGCCUGCAACACCCACGGAAACUUAAAGUUUGUCACUUCAAAAAGGGGACAGAAAUAUGCAAUUAUAGCUACUCCAAUUCCAUCUUAGCAGUUAAACUUAACAGACAGCGUCUUGUGGUCUGCCUAGAAGAGAGCUUGUAUAUACACAACAUUCGGGACAUGAAGAUUCUACACACAAUCCGAGAAACACCAGCAAACCCAAAUGGCCUGUGUGCUCUUUCAGUUACCAAUGAAAGCUCCUACCUUGCAUACCCUGGGAGCAAUACAAGAGGAGAGGUUCAGAUCUUUGACACCGUUAAUUUGCGAGCUGUAACCAUGAUACAAGCACACACUGGAACACUGGCAGCACUUGCCUUCAAUGUUCAAGGCAACAAACUUGCAACAGCUUCUGACAAGGGUACAGUAAUACGGGUCUUUUCAAUACCUGAUGGUCACAGAAUAUUUGAAUUCCGAAGAGGAAUGAAAAGGUGUGUCACCAUCUAUUCACUGUCAUUCAGCAGUGAUGGGAUGUACCUAUGUGCCUCCAGCAACACAGAAACAGUUCAUGUUUUCAAGCUGGAACUCCCUAAAGAAAAACCUCCAGAUGAGGCAAAUACUUGGAUGGACAUGAUGGGCAACGUUUUCAAGUCAUCAGCCUCAUACUUGCCUGCUCAAGUCUCUGAAAUGUUAAGCCAAGGACGUUCCUUUGCAAUUGCUCGUCUGCCUAUGGCUGGGUUGAAAAAUGUCUGUGCUAUCGCCACGAUCCAAAAACUGCCACGGCUGCUCGUUGCAUCUCAAGAUGGGUACCUCUACAUAUACAACCUUGACCCAAAUGAAGGAAAAGAGUGUGGGCUGGUCAAGCAACACAGACUAGAUGGUGUCAGUAGUGAAACAAGUGCUGGUGACCAGCAACCUCAUGACCGCCCACUGACACACCCAACUAGUGGUGGGGCAACUGCAACAGGGGCAUCACCUCCAGCAAGCUAUGCGGCAACAGCCCGUCGCACGGACCUCCCGGCAGUCAGCCAGCCCGUAGGUACAACAGAAUCCCAACCAUAUCAAGACUUGGAACAAGGCCAUUUGGGGGGAGAGGGAGGGGAUGCCCGCGAUUUAGCUGCACUACGAUUGGAUGAUGAUAAUGAAUUUCCACCAAUGUCCCACAAAAAUGACUGAAUGAACAAUGAAGUUAGCUUAAUGUUCCCACACUGUUCUGGCUUUAUUUCUACAUCCCUGAUCCAAGAGGUCAUUCAAGAAAGAUGAAAAGUGCACACAAGGGACUGCAUGAUCAUCUGUAGGUCUCCCUUGGGAAGGACUAUGCCAGGAGACAUGAUGAUUGCUCUUACUAGCAUGCACUGCAAGUACUGUGUGACAGUUUGGUGCACACACACUCAUAUAAAUGCAUGCGCACACACACAAAUGCAAUCAGGUACAUAUGCAUAUCUUUACUCCGUGCUUGUUUUAACCAAGUAUGUACUCUCAUUAAUCUUAAUAAAUGCUAUGGGGUUGGGGGAAGUAUUCUUUGGGAGGAAUUUUAUCUGAAAAUAUUUUUCAAGAGAUUUUUUUUCUUGAUAUAAAGUUUCUAUCACAUGCUAAUUCUUUAUAGUACAAUGUUACCCCUUAAAACGUACAUGCUAGUGGAUUUUAUUUUUACCUUCCAAACUGUGGGACCUUUAUGAUAUAAAUAUAAGUAAAAAUGUAUGCGUUGUUUUCUUGCCAAUUUUUUAUCUUACCCUCCUUCCCCAACCCAAAAUUUGGAGCUUAGAUGGGAACAAGCAUGGGAAAAGGGAAAGCAUGCAACUGUCUUUCAUUUGUCUUCCCUCAUUUUUAAAAAAAAUAGUUGUGAGAAUUUUCAAAGCUUUACUACUUCACCUCUUUAUCCUGAGCAAAUACAAUAAUAAUCAGAUGUGAUCAUGGUGGUGGAAACGUAUGUUAGCGUGGGUGCACCUGCAUCACUCACAUUUAGAUCUUUUAUUUUUACUGUUGUGUGGGAAGGAUAUUUUUACAAUAGUGAUUGCAUUAAUCCUUUAUGAUGCUAGUUUUCCUUUUUUCUGUAUUUGCCUCUCUUUUGGGAAGCUUAUUGUUUCCCUUUAUCCCUUUUGUAUAUAAUUUCCUCAAAAACAUGAGAUAGGGAUUUCUGUUCACCCAUGAUUCCAUGUACUAGCCGGAAUUUCAGUCUGCAAAACUUCCUUUCAGCAUAGUCUGACAUGAGUUCCAACAUGAUGUAGAUUUGGUCAUUAAAUUUGAUAUGCAGUUUUUGAAACAUCAUUUAAUCUGUUAUGACUUCCUGUUCUUUCAAAGCAAUCUGAGGUUGAGAUGUGGUGGGGUUAGGGACCAACAAAACCCAUGAUAUAUUGAUCUGAAACUGAAAUUACAUAUUGUCCAUACAGCACUUAUGUGCUAGGGAGACCAUCAGUAUAGUUCUAGUCAAAACUUCUAAUCUUGUAAAGUCUUGUAAACUUCCAGUCUAAAUAGAACUUGGCCUAAAUAGAGAUGUGAAAAUGUUUUAUUCUGAUUCCCAGUUUCUCAUGGUGUGUUAUUCUUUAAAGAUGGUGUGUGCAUAAAAAUGUGCCCUGAACCAGCAUGGAGCAGCUUUCAGUCUAUUCAAUGUCUGUUCAACUGAUGUAAAUAAAAGUCUUUGUUAACACCAGACAUCUUUAUCCUAUCAACAUUGCUGUGUGCUGCUCUAUCAACUUAUCUAAUGACUGCUGCCUUAGAGCUACAGCUUCGCUUGAUCUCCUAAGGAUGAAGUGAUUUUGAGCAGCUUUUUAGGUCUUUUGCUUGGAGCUUCAAAGUCAGCAGCUUUCUGUUUGUUCAAUCCUCUUGAAGCAACAGCUAUCAACUAUUAGAUUUCUUUUUUACAACCAUGUUGGUAUGGGAUCAGUGUUAAACAAGCUAUUAUCUGCUUAUCUUGCUGCAGAGAGAUAAUGAUAAGCCACAUCACUGCAUUAAAUAAAAGUUAAUCAGAAGCAUAGGUAACAUUGUCAUACUUUUUCUCAAACCCAAGCUACAUGAUACCUUUGAGUUUCCAUGAAGGGUUAUGAAACAAGCAGUUAGAGUUCUGAGCCAUAAAGAGGAGUUAAAUAAAACAGUUAUGUGCAGCAGACUAGACAGGAACAUGCAUGAUGACAUAAGUACUUGCAAAUUGUUUAGCCAUCCAAGCAUGUACAACUGCUCUUAAUGAUAAGCUGCCUACGUUGGCAUGUUUCCUGUGCAGUGGACGUCCACUCUUGAUAGAUGAACUUACUGUAUAUUUAGUAAAUAGGAAUUAAGAGAAUUUUAUGUACAGUCUUCUACAUAAGAGUGUGCUGAAUUGUAUGUAUAAGCUUUUCUGUGUUGUUUUUCUAAUUAUAUAUUUCUUUCUUUCUCCUCCCCACUCCCACCACCACUCCAUCAUCAAAGACUGUAGAACAAAUAUCAAAUUAUCGCAGAACAAGUUGAGGUCAAUUUUUGCAAGUUAAAGAUUAACUGUAAGUGUUAUUUCACUUAGCCAAAACCACCCAUUUUCCCCUCCUUCAGUUUUAAGGUGUGAACAUGCAAAAUACUAAACGUUUUAAGCUCAAUCAGGGAACACUUUUUUUUUUAUUUUGAUUGUAGUAGUGUUUGGUUGUAGUUAAGUCACUUAACUAGUCAUCGCAGACUUCAAGGUAAUGUAAGAUAUUUAAUCUCUCAUAUGGUUUGCUUCGUUUUGAUGCAGGCAAGCCAUUAAAUUAAAGCUAUAAAUAGGAGUUUGUAUAUAACAUGUCUGUUAUACGCCCCUGCACCAAUUCCACAAACACAUAAUGCACAAGUGGCUAUUAUCAUCAUUUACUCACAUGUACAUUUUUUUCUUGAUGUGUAACAAGGAUCUUUACAGUCUAUUUUGCAGCAGCAACAAACUGUAUGUACAUAUGUCUCAAUUAAAACUGUAUGAAUCUUGCCAGUUUAGGACAAUUUUGCAGCAGUUGAAAAAGUGUACAUAACUGUGACAGCCCAUAAUACACUUAACAGGAUACAGCAAUUAGCUUAUUACUGUACAGUUUAACAUUUCCACCUGUGCAUUUAUAUCUGUAUACAUAGUCCUGUUUUGGCAACAACUAUCACUGUCCAAUGUGUAAUAUUUAUCAUCUUUUGCAAGUAUUUUGUACAUUUUAAUUGCCAACUAUAUACGUUGCAAGAGAAACUGUGCAUUAUGUUGCAUGUUACCAUUCUGUGUCAAACAUGCGCAUACGUAAAACUUCAAUAAAUUCUUUCAUGUGAAAAUUUU